CUCUCUCCAUUUCGCUUGACGCCCUUCGGCGUCACGCCUCCGCCAUUAAAACCACCUCCUCCUCCUCCUCCUCCGCCUCCUCCUCCUCUCCCUCGUCAAAAUUGUUAGGGUUACGGGAAUUAGUAAUCAAUUCAACUCCCUCUCUGAGGGAGGAAUAACGUUCGUAAUCGAGAUGGAUCUUGUGAGGAGACCUUUUAGAGGGAUUGCCGAUGAUGUCAAAGGAAGAGUACCCUGCUACAGGCAAGAUUGGGUCGGCGGAUUUCGUUCUGGCUUCAGAAUAUUGGCGCCAACUAUGUAUAUCUUCUUUGCAUCUGCGCUUCCCGUGAUCGCCUUUGGAGAGCAACUGAGUAAAGAUACCGAUGGAGCACUGAGCACAGUCGAGACAUUAGCAUCUACUGCUAUCUGUGGUAUCAUACAUUCAAUUCUCGGUGGACAGCCCAUGCUGAUUGUGGGAGUUGCAGAGCCAACUGUUAUCAUGUACACGUAUUUAUACAAUUUCGCAAAAGGCCGUGCUGAUCUUGGGGGGCAACUAUAUUUGGCGUGGGCCGGAUGGGUUUGUAUCUGGACCGCCUGUAUGCUAUUUCUCCUCGCGAUGUUCAAUGCUUCUGAUGUCAUUAGCAGGUUCACAAGGAUAGCUGGAGAACUAUUUGGGAUGUUGAUCACAGUACUGUUCAUUCAAGAAGCUAUUAAGGGAAUAGUGAGUGAAUUUAGCGUUCCGAAAGGUGAAGACCAAAAUCUACCACUGUACCAGUUCCAGUGGCUCUAUACAAAUGGGCUACUAGGAAUUGUAUUCGCGAUUGGUGUGCUGUAUACUGCCUUAAAGAGCAGAAGGGCAAGAGCAUGGCGAUAUGGAACAGGGUGGUUUAGAAGCUUUAUUGCUGAUUAUGGAGUCCCUUUCAUGGUCCUAUUAUGGACGGCAUUCUCAUAUGCAGUUCCGAGCAAAGUUCCUUCUGGAGUUCCGAGGAGGCUCUUUAGUCCGCUCCCUUGGGAGUCCAAAUCACUCCAUCAUUGGACUGUUGCAAAGGAUUUAUUCUCUGUUCCUCCGGUAUAUAUAUUCGCCGCUUUUGUCCCUGCGGUGAUGGUUGCAGGGCUCUACUUUUUUGACCACAGUGUCGCGUCACAAAUGGCACAGCAAAAGGAAUUUAAUCUGAAGAAUCCCUCUGCCUACCAUUAUGAUAUAUUGGUCCUAGGCUUCAUGGUCUUGAUCUGCGGUUUACUUGGGAUUCCCCCUUCAAAUGGUGUUCUUCCACAAUCCCCCAUGCACACUAAAAGUCUAGCUGUUCUAAAGAAGCAGCUGCUUCACAAGAAGAUGGUACAAACUGCCAAAGAGGGCAUAAGGAUACAAGCUAGCAACUCCGAAAUUUAUGGCAAAAUGCAAGAAGUUUUCAUUGAAAUGGACGCAGGAUAUAAUGCUAAUUCAGUGGCUAAAGAGCUGGAGAAACUGAAGGAUGCAGUUAUGAGAGGCGAAACUAAGGGAGGGGAAUCGAAAGGGCCAUUUGAUCCUGAGAAGCACAUAGAAGCCCAUUUGCCUGUUCGUGUGAAUGAGCAGAGAUUAAGCAAUCUAUUGCAGUCCGUGAUGGUCGGUGCAUGUCUUGGAGCUAUGCCAAUCAUCAAGAAGAUACCAACCUCAGUGCUGUGGGGCUACUUCGCUUACAUGGCCAUUGAUAGCCUUCCUGGAAAUCAAUUCUGGGAAAGGAUAUUACUUCUCUUUAUCACCCCUAGACGACGCUACAAAGUGCUAGAAGGUGAUCAUGCAUCCUUUGUGGAGUUGGUUCCUUUCAGAGAAAUAGCUGUGUUCACUCUCUUCCAAUUUGCAUAUCUCAUGCUGUGUUUCGGAGUGACAUGGAUACCAAUAGCAGGAAUUCUUUUCCCACUGCCCUUCUUCAUACUGAUUAUCAUUAGACAGCACCUUCUUCCAAAAUUCUUCCACCCACAACACCUUUACGAAUUGGACGCAGCUGAAUACGAAGAGAUUGCUGGAGUUCAUCACGAUCGCAGCCUCUCAUUUAGGGAAGGAGACACAUCUUAUUCAGGCAGUGAAGAUAGCAGAGAUGAGGUGUGUGAUGCUGAAAUACUGGAUGAACUCACUACCAGUAGAGGGGAACUUAAGCUUAGAACUGUUAGCUUCAAUGAAGACAGGUCUCUUCAGGUUUAUCCUGAGGAGAGUCCAGAAACCCAGUAAAGUGGAAAAAUGAGUUUACUUAGCUGAAGUUUAGGGGCAGAGCCUGCUAUUUCGUCAUAUUUCCAAAUGUCUGAGGAGGAUAUCUUUGCCCUACGAAAACUGACCAACUCAGGAAAGUGAUGCGUCUCCAGAGAAUGCGAUUGAUAAAGAGGAAGGCAGCAUAGAGUAGUCCUCAUGCAGCUUUUAUAUAUGUUGGUAUACUUUAAAUUGGAAUUGUAGCUAACAAAGAUUUACUUGACUUUUGAUGUGCAAAACCGUUCACUGUAAUCACAUACUUAAGAAAAUCUGAAAAGCAAAGAAAUGAUAGAGUUUAGCAGAAUACUCUUCCAUUGUACUCUCUGCAAAAUUUUGCCUUAAGAGGAGGAUGGAUUCUGGUCUUAA